AUGAAGACUGUCGCCUCCCCAACAGGUCAUGCAGAUUUCGAUGCAUCGCCUCACGCGAGGCACAGUGAGCUCCGUCCCAGCGUCGCCGCCAGAGAGGGUCGUCGGGAUUUUUCCUACAAAGACGCCCACCAUCGUCACUCACGUCUCUCAUUGGCCCCUGUCCACGCCCAAUUGCCCAUGUUAGUCCCAGAGUUGGCCGACCCAUCACACACAAAAUACCCGUUCCCGAGUCCUGCCUGGUCCGUUCAGUCGUGGUACCCCGGCAUCUCUGGCCUGGACCCCGGGACCAGCGCCGCGACUGGUUGA